CUAGUGCUGGUGGGGGUAGCGUCGUCGCCCACACGAUCGCCCACGACGGGCAGACUCAACCCCCUCUCUUCCGCCGCGGCAUUAUGGAUAGCCCUUACUGGCCCAAGACCUACGCCUAUAAUGCCCCGGAGUCGUAGGCUAUUUUUGACUCCUUGGUCAUCCUGACUAACUGCUCCUCCUCCGACACGGCUGGUAAUAGUAGUACUACCACUGCCGGCAAUGGUCAAUUAGCGUGCUUGCGUGCCCUCGAUGUGGACGUCCUCAAUGCCGCCGCCUACACCAUCACCAAGAGCGACAAAUACGGCCCAGCAUGUUCACCUGGGCCCCCGUCAUCGAGCCAGACACCGGGUUCCUGACGCAAACGCUGAGCGAGGCCGUCCAAAACCAGCGCCUCAACGGCGAAGCCUUUAUUGCCACAUACGCCCAGUUGGAAGGGGAGUACUUCCUACCCUCUGCCCUCAACCGCUCCACCUCGUCGGGCGACCCGCCGCUCAACGACACGGUCGCCGCGUUCGGGGUGUGGCUGACGGAAUUCCUCCCUAGCCUCAAUACCAGCACGCGCGCCCGCCUGGAGACCCUCUACCCGGUCGAGGGUGCCACCGAAACCAUCGGGGCGUACAACCAGACCUGGGUGCGCGCCGAACUCGUCUUCCGCGAUCUCGUGCUCGCCUGCCCGGGCCACUGGAUUGCUGGAGGAGCGAAGACCGGUGGCUACCAAAUCGAGUACACCAUCCCGCCGACCAACCACGGCGACGAGGCCCAGUGGUAGGCCGGCGUUGAGCCCAUCCAGGCGGAAUACCCGCUCGUCUACGAGGGCUUUGCUGGUGCUUACGCCUCUUUUGUCCAGACGGGUGAUCCCAAUGCCCAUAAGCUUACCAACGCCACCCAGCCCGCCCUGCCGGAACUGCGCACAACACAGGAGGAGUUUGUCGUCACCCUCGAGGGUUUCGAGAAGGUCGCCCUCGAUUACCUUCCGGCGCGCUGUGACUUUUUGCUGGAUGUGGCGCCGUCUAUUCCUGUGUAGGUCUCCAUCCUGCUUAGCGAGGAUAGGCCAAAUGAACUUCUGUGAGACGGCUGAGGGGAGGAAUAUCAUGUCACCCUGACUAUGUGUGUGGUCGCAGUCUACUGCGGGUAGCCUUGAUGUCUCCCUACUAUGAGUUUACUGCAACACAGUACUUCCGAUUUUGCUUGUAGAAACUGGUUCCGAUCACAACGAACGCCGGAUACACGCAAAAUACUCACACCGUGAC